AUGGCGGACGGUGACAAUGUGUCGACGUUCAGCGCGGAGGGUGGGCAAGAUACGGUGGGUCUGCCGCGAAUCGUGAUGGUCACUGAAGGGUCCGAUACUUCGGCCUCGUCCGCCUCCUCGACCACACCGUCGGAGGACAACUGGGCGGACCUCAUCAAAUCCUCGGAAAUACCACCGGAGUACUGGCACAUACAAAAACUGGUAAAGUACAUGAAGGCCGGGAACCAGACCGCUACGAUGGUCGCGCUGUCCUGUUUGAAGGAUCACGAUCUAACUGUAGAGGUCAACCAAAGGGCGAUCCAAGAAAUUGGCGGGCUUGAAUUACUAGUUAAUUUAUUAGAAACUAGAGACCUGUGUUGUAUCCUAGGCGGCCUAGCCGUUUUAAAAGACAUAACUCCUAACAUCGAGAUAAGAAAAAAGGUGACCGAUUUGGGAGCAAUACCUUUGCUGGUUGGAUUAUUAUCGGACCCCGCGAAGGACGUACAGAUACUGGCGGCUGAGACCAUUGCUAACUUAGGCAGAAUCCGCAAAAGCAGAAAAUUCUGUAGAAAAUUUGGUGGUAUACCAAAACUGAUAGAUUUGUUAGAUAUAAAAGAAAGAUACCUCAUAACGCCGCGAGAGGAACUGAACCAAGAGGAGACACAAUUUCUUGACAUUGCUCGUGCCGGGGCAAAGGCUUUGUGGUCCAUGUCAUCAUCACAGAGGAACCGCGAAGCAAUGAGGAAGUUUGGUAUGAUUCCCUUGAUAGCUCGAUUGUUGAAGACUGUGCACCUUGACGUCGCUGUGCCUGCAGUCGGGUUGCUGCAAAUGUGUGCUAAUGAAACCUCUUUCCAGUUGGCAAUACAGACCGAAAAAAUGGUCAAUGAUUUGAUAAAACAUUUGGAAAAUGAAGAUAAAGAUCUCAAGACAUACUGCAGUUUGGCGAUUUACAAAUGUGCCAGCGAUCCUAUUACCAGAGACAUGAUACGAGAAGCUGGGGGACUAGAGCUUCUCAUAGAGGCCGCCAAAGACACCACUAACAGAGCGAACAAACCGUUAAUGGCCGCCGUGACUGGGGCUCUUUGGAAAUGUGCGAACAGCGAGGCGAGUGUAAAAAAGUUGGACCACCUUGAAGCCGUCCCAAUACUGGUGCGGCUGCUCGAUGAUGAGAACGACGGAGUGCUGACCAACGUUGCUGGCGCGUUGGCAGAAUGUGCUAAGCACCCGCCGAAUCGUAAUAAAAUACGAGCCGCCGGUGGGAUUCCAAUGCUCAUACACCAUCUCAACAACACAUACAAGCCGCUGUUGGAGAACGUGCCGCUAGUGCUGACGGAGUGCGCGAAGGAACCGACAUGCAUGACGGAAAUCGACGAACUGGACGGUGUGAGGCUGAUCUGGUCUCUGCUGAAGAACGACUCCAAGAGGGUGCAGACGAACGCGGCCCUGGCGCUGAGUCCGUGCGUGCAGAACGCCACGGACUCUGGCGAGAUGGUGCGCUCCUUCGUGGGGGCUUUAGAGCUGACGGUGGACCUGCUGGAUUCAGACGACCACAACGUACUGUCCGCGGUCUGCGCGGCGAUAGCGACGAUCGCCAGGGACAACGAGAACCUGGCGGUGAUCUCCGACCACGGGGUCGUUGCAAAGCUCUCGAAGUUAGUUAGCACAACGGAUGACCAUUUACGAGCCAAUCUCGGUGUCGCCAUCGCAUACUGUUGCGACUGGGCGCAGAACCGUCAGGAGUUCGGGAGGCGCGGCGCGAUAACGCCCCUCGUCAACUACAUGACGUCACGGGACCCCAACGUCCACAGGGCCACAGCGUUGGCCCUCUACCAUCUAUCUUUCUACUCCAUCAAUUGCGUCACCAUGCAUGCCGCUGGCGUAGUGCAGUUCCUUCUGGAGACUAUCGGGUCGAAAGAUCCGAUUUUGCAGGAGGCCUCGGCCGGAUGUCUUUGCAACAUACGCAAGCUAGCAUUGGCUACUGAGAAAAUUCAAUUAAAGCAA